UCUGUCCUCUGAAGGAGCCUGAUUGUCACUCUCUAGGUGCCCAAGAGUUCCCCGAGGUGGCCCCUCCAUAGGGCCUCCUCUCUGUCCUUGACGGUGCUGCUUGUCUGCUCAACCCCCUGGAGGAGAGCAGGGCGAUGGGGCUGCCCCUGCUGCUGCCGCUGCUGCCCCUGCUGCCGGCAUCUCUGCAGGCUGGUUACUGGGCAGAAUCCAGUCCAAAGGUUGGCUCUGGGGUCAACCAACCACAGCACCUCUCAGCCCCCGAGGGUGGCUCCAUCCACAUCCCCUUCUCCUUCUAUUACCCCUGGGAGUUAGCCAAGGUUCCCAGGGUGAGUAUAGCCUGGAGACGGAGGCACUUCCUUGGGGAGUACAUCUACAACACCACCCCGCCUUUCAUCCGUGAGGAUUACAAGAACCGGCUCUUCCUGAACUGGACAGAGGGUUGGAAGACCGGCUCCCUCCUGAUCUCCAACCUGCGGAAAGAGGACCAGACUACGUACUUCUGCCGGGUCCGGUUGAACACACUGAUGAACGGCGAGCAGCAAUGGCAGUCCAUCCCGGGGACCACACUCAUCAUCACCCACGCUGUCAAGACGACCACCCCGGGCCCCACCAACACUGCCACCACCACCACAGCUGGCCUCGGGGUCUCAGAGGGCAAAAGGAGCUCAGAGUUUUGGCCCCUGAGUCUGGGAGCCAUGAUUGGGGUGGCACUGGCCUGCGCUGUGCUCAUAACUGUGAUUUUGGGACUGAUGGUCUACCUCAGGUGGAAGAGAAGGAAAGGUCUGCGCACUAAAGCCAGAACCCCAGCCAGGGGAUCCUUCCAGAACACUAAGAAGUACGAGAAUAUUGGGAAUAAAGGAUGAUGGCAUCUUCUACACCUCCCUUGCCCUCUCCAGCUCCACCUCACCAGCAGCACCUCCCCUCUCAGUGGGAGCCCCCAGGAAGAGACCCUGUACUCUAACUUAAAGGCCUAAGGAGUGGACUGAAUGAUGACCUCCUUAGAGUGAGCUGUGCAGAGGGUCUCAGCUUCCAAUAAUAACCUCGGCCAGAUACACGACUCAGAAGCCAGCAGGGGUUGAAGGACCUGAGAGACAGAGCCAUCUGCUUCCAUUCCCUCUUCGACUUCCUAGCCUUGCCCACAAAAAUAAAAGUACCCAUAGAAUUUGCCUGGAUGCGUCUAAGGAGAAAACUGAUGUCACCUUCGACUCCGGCCCUCUCGCCAAAAAUGAACUCUAGAGAGCUCACACCAAGAUCCCUCCUCCAGUACUUCUGUUCAGCGACUGCCUCAGGCCAGGGAACAAUAAUCCCCAACACUGGUAGCCAGCCCAGAACCCAAGGGCCACCCCCAAUCUAACCACUCUCCUUCCCUUACGAUAAUAAGUAGCAGGCAUCGUGUUAAGUGCUUCACAUGCAUCACCUCAUUUCAACAUCAUCAACAACCUGGUAUUGGCUAUGCUCACUAGAGGCAUGAAAACAAGAACCAGAAUGUUACAGUGCUUUUCCCAAGGCCACAUAGCUAGUAUGUGGCUGAGCCAGGAGUUGAACCCAGACCUGCCCUUCUCCAUGGCCUUCCCAGGACUCAGGUGUCACUGCCUUCCCAGAUCCCUACACUGUGCACGCCUCUCCCCAGGAACAAUGAUGUGACACAGUGACAUGGAGGAGGAGGGAGAGAAGCCAAAAGGAAGCAUCUGGUUAGAGAUGACUGAAACCGAUUAAAUCAUAACCUGUUUUAUUAACACAUAAACUGUACAACUCUGACUUUAGCCAGUUAACCUUGUGGCCAAUGAACAACCCCAACACUUAUCAGCUUCUCAGGGACCCUCUGAGAGGCUGCCCCUCUUGCUCCAAGGAAGGAGGGUGAGACAGCAGGAAAGAGACAUUAACACACAACUAUUCCUCAAAGAAGGCCAUGGGGAACUCCUCUGCGUCCUCUCUCUGCUGCUGCUCCUCCCUCUGCUCCAGCUCUUUUCCAACAUCUUCCAUGAGUUGGUCCAGGUCUAGGUCACUGAAGUCUUCAUCGUCAGGGGGGAAACUUCCAGCCUCUUGAGGCGGUGGUUCCUGGGGUCCAGGCCCUUCUUUCCCCAUCGCGGGACAGGCUCCGUGAUGAGCUGGUGGGGUCCGGCCCUUUGGCACCAUUCUAGCUUCUUUUUCCUCAGACAAGCUGGUUAUGGGGGCCUUGCUUUGGGGAGUUUUAAAUUUUUUAUUAGGGUCUAAAUGAAAAAGUGAUAAAACUGGGAUCCCUAUUAGGUCAUCUGUUCUUACAUUUUACAAAGCAAACUCCUAAAUUUCUAUUUCCAAAAAAUCUCUGGAAAAGAUGACCUGUCUCAGUAGAAAGAAUAUGGGCUUUGGAGUCAGAAAGAUCUAGAUUUAAGACACGGAUCAGCCAUAUGCUAGACAUGGGUCUUAAGCAAAUUUUAAACCCUUUGAGCCUUGGUCUCUUAGCUUUAAAAUGGCAAAUAUCCAGUUGCAGAGAUAUGGAAAGAAUCAAAGGGAACAAGCAUGGAAGUAUCUAUCUACCAGCCCACGGCAACACUUAAUAAAUGUUAGUUCCUGCCUCCUUAACAUUCCGCUGUCCCUGGAUCAAAUCAAAUCAAUAACCAUUAUGUUUCUGUAGUAUGUACUCCAUUUAUAUAAAAUGCUCAAUUAAAACCAAAAAAGGUAGAAAAAGAGUAGAAGACAAAAAUAAGAAAAAAGAACAAGGGCAACAAAUAGGAAAUAGUAAUGAAUAUUGUAGAUAUUAAUCCAACUAUAUCAACAAUCACUUUGAAUGUUAACAGUCUAAGUGCACCAAUUAAAAGACAGAGAUUUCAGAGUGGGUCAAAAAACAUAUCCCAACUACAUUUGCCUACAAGAAUCCCACUUUAAAUAUAAAGACACAUAUAGAUUAAAAGUAAAUGGAUGGAGAAAAAUAUACCAUACUAACACUAAUCAAAAGAAAGCAGGAGUUGCUGUAUUAAUUUCAGACAAAGAAGACUUCAAAGUAUGGAAAGUUAUCAGAGAUAAAGAUGGACAUUACAUAAGGACAAAGGGGUCAGUUCUCCAAGAAGACAUAACAGUCCUGAAUGUCUAUGCACCUAACAGCAGGUCGUCCAACUAAACGAGGCAAAAACUGACAGAACUGCCAGGAGAAAUAGUUGAAACCACUAUUAUAGUUGGAGACGUCAACACCCUUCUCUCAGAAAUGGGCAGAUCCAGCAGGCAGAAAAUCAGUAAUAAUACGGUUGAUCUCAACAACAUCAUCAAUCAACUGGAUAUAACAGACAUCUAUAGACUAUAUCAUCCAACAACUGUAGAAUACACAUUUUUCUUAAGCUCACAUGGAAGAUUCACUACAUUAUGGGCCACAAAACACACCUAAACAAAUUUAAAAGAAUAGAUAUCAUACAAUAUCCACUCUCAGACCACAAUGGAAUUAAACUAGAAGUCAGUAAUAGAAAGAUAACUGGAAAAUCCCAAAACAUAUGGUGAUUAAACAACAUACUUCUAAGUGACACAUAGGCCAAAAAAGAAAUCUCAAGAGAAAUUGAAAAAUAUUCUGAACUAAAUGAAAAUGAAAACACAACUUAUCAAAAUUUGUGGGAUGCAGCAGAAGCAGUGCUUAGAGGGAAAUUUAUAGCAUUGAAUGCAUUUAUUAGAAAAGAAGAAAGAUAUAAAAUCAAUAAUCUAAGUUUCAAUAUUAGGAAACUAAAAAAAGAAGAGCAAACUAAAUUCAAAGCAAACAGAAGAAAAGAAAUAAUAAGAAUUAGAGCAGAAACCAAUGAACCUGAAAACAGGAAAUCAAUAGAGAAAAUCAACAAAACCAAAAGCUAGUUCUUAGAGAACAUCAAUAAAAUUGACAAGCAUCUAGCCAGGCCAACUAAGAAAAAAAGAGAAAAGAUACAAAUUACUAAUAUCAUGGGGCUGGCCAGGUAGCAUAGCAGUUAAGUGCGCGCGCUCUGCUGCAGUGGCCCAGGGUUCGCAGGUUCGGAUCCCGGGCACGCACAGACGCACUGCUUGUCAAGCCAUGCUGUGGCACCGUCCCAUAUAAAGUGGAGGAAGAUGGGCACAGAUGUUAGCCCAGGGCCAGUCUUCUUCAGCAAAAAGAGGAGGAUUGGCAUGGAUAUUAGCUCAGGGCUGAUCUUCUUCACAAAAAAAAAAGAAAGAAAGAAAGAAAGAAAUUGAAUCAAUAAUUAAUAACCUUUCAAACCAGAAAACACCAAGCCUAGAUAGAUUCACUGGUGAAUUCUAUCAAACAUUUAAGGAAGAAAUUAUACCCUUUCUCUACAAUCUCUUUCAGAGGAUAGAAGCAGAGAGAAUACUUCUGAACUCAUUCUAUAAGGCCAGCAUUACCUUAAUAUCAAAACCAGACAAAGACAUUACAAGGAAAAAAAAGAAAACUACAGACCUAUAUCUCUCAUGAACAGAGAUGUAAAUAUCCUCAACAAAAUAUUAGCAAUUAAAUCCAACAAUGUAUUAAAAAAUUACACACCAUGAACAAGUGGAAGGUAUUCAAGGUAUGCAAGGCUGGCUCAACUUUUGAAAAUCAAUUAAUGUAAUCCAUCACAUCAACAGGCUAAAAAAGAAAAAUCACAUGAUCAUACCAAUGGAUGAAGAAAAAGCAUUUGACCAAAUCCAACACCCAUUCAUGACCAAAAAAAAAAAAAAAAAAAAAAAAACCUCUCGUAAACUAGGAAUAGAGUGGAACUUUCUCAACUUGAUAAAGACUAUCAACAAAAAAUCUACAGCUAACAUCAUACUUAACAGAGAGAAACUCAAACCUUUCCCACUAAAAUCAGAUACAAGGCAAGGAAGAACCCUCUCACCGCUCUUUUUCAGCAUUGUACUAGAAGUCCUUGAUAAUGCAAUAAAAGAAGAAAAGGAUAUAAAAGGUCUACAGAUUGGGGAGGAUGACAUAAAACUGUCUUUGUUUGCAGAUGACAUGAUUGUCCAUGUAGAAAAUCUGAAAAGACUUGACAAAAAAAGAAAAAUCUGGAAGUAAGAAACGAUUUUAGCAAGGUUGCAGGAUACAAAGUUAAUAUACAAAAGUCAAUUGCUUUCCUCUACACCAACAAUGAACAAGUGGAAUUUGAAAUUAAAAACACAAUACUAUUGACAUUAGCGCCCCAAAAAAUGAAAUACUUAAGUAUAAACCUAACAAAAUAUACACAAGAUCUAUAUGAGGAAAAUUACAAAAUUCUAAUGAAUGAAAUCAAAGAAGAAGUAAAUAAAUGGAGAGGCAUUUCAUGAUCCUGGAUAGGAAGACUCAAUAUUGUCAAGAUGUCAGUUCUUACCAACUUGAUCUGUAGAUUCAAUGCAAUCCCAAUCAAAAUCCCAGAAAGUUAUUUUAUAAACAUUAGCAAACUUAUUCUAAAGUUUAUAUACAGAGGCAAAAGACCAGAGUAGCCAACACAAUAUGGAACAACAAAGUUGGAGGGCUGACCCUAGCCAACUUCAACACUUGCUACAAAACUACAGUAAUCAAAACAGUGUGAUACUGGUCAAAGAAUAGACAAGUAGAUCAAUGAAACAGAAUGGAGAGCCCAAAAACAGAUCCCCAUAAAUAUAGUCAAUUGAUCUUUGACAAAGGAGCAAAGGAAAUACAAUGCAGCAAAGACAGUCUCUUCAGUAAAUGGUGCUAGAACAAGUGGACAGUCACAUGCAAAAAAAAAAAAAACGAAUCUAGAACACAGACCUUACACUCUUCACAAAAAUUAACUCAAAAUGGAUCAUAGAUCUAAAUGUAAAAUUCCUAGAAAAUAACAUGAGAAAACCUAAAUGACCUUGUAUAGUGAUGUCUUUGUAGAUACAACACCAAUGAAAGAAAUACAAUACAAAUGAUCCAUGAAAUAAAUAAUUAAUAAGCUGGACUUCAUUAAUAUUAAAAACUUCUGCUCUAUAAAAGACAAUGUUGGGGCCGGCCUGGUGGCGCAAGCAGUUAAGUGCACGCACUCCACUGCGGAGGCCCCGGGUUUGCCGGUUCAGAUCCCACGUGUACACUGACACACUGCUUGGCAAGCCAUGCUGUGGCGGCAUCCCAUAUAAAGUGGAAGAAGAUGGGCACGGAUGUUAGCCCAGGGCCAGUCUUCCUCAGCAAAAAAAGAGGAUGAUUGGCAGAUGUUAGCACAGGGCUGAUCUCCACACACACACACACACACACACACACACACAAAGACAAUGUCAAGGGACUUAGAAGACAAGUCACAGACUGGGAGAAAAUAUUGCAAAACACAAAACUGAUAAAGCAGCUGUUAUCCAAAAUAUACAAACAACUCUUAAAACUCAAAAAUAAAAAACAAUCCGAUUUAAAAAUGAGCCAAAUACUUUAAAGACACCUCACCAAAGAGGAUAUAAAGAUGAUAAAUAAGCAUAUGAAAUGAUGCUCCACAUCAUACGUCAUCAGGGAAAUGCAAAUUAAAACAACAAUGAGAUACCACUACACAUCUAUCAGAAUGGCCAAAAUCCAGAACACUGAUAACACCAAAUGCUGAGAAGGAUGUGGAGCAACAGGAACUCUCAUUCACUGCUGGUGGGAAAGCAAAAUGGUGCAGCCACUUUGGGAGACAGUUUGGUGGUUCUCACAAAACUAAUCACGCUCUUACCAUAAGAUCUAUCUAUCAUCCUCCUUGGUAUUUACCCAAAGGAGUUGAAAACUUAUGUCCACACAAAAACCUGUGCACUGAUAUUUAUAGCAGCUUUAUUCAUAAUUUGCAAAACUUGGAAGCAAACAAGAUGUCCUUCAGUAGGUGAAUGAGUGAAAAAACUGUAGUACAUCCAGACAGUGGAAUAUUACUCAGCGCUAAAAAGAAAUGAGGUACCAAGCCAUGAAAAGACAUGGAGGAAUCUUAAAUGUAUAUUACUAAGUGCAAGAAGCCAAUCUGAGAAGGCUAUAUACUGUUUCAUUCCAACUAUAUGACAUUCUGGAAAAGGCAAAACUAUGGAGACAGUAAAAAGAGCACUGGUUGCUGGGGGCAGGGGGUGGCAGUGGGCAGAGAUGAAGAGACAGAGCACAGAGGAUUUUUAGGGCAGUGUAAAUAUUCUACACGAUAUUACAAUGAUGGAUAUAUAUUUUCAAACAUUUGUCCAAACCCAAAAAUGCAAAAUACCAAGAGUGAACCUUAGGUAAAUUAUGGUCUUUGGGUGAUUAUGACGUGUCAAUAUAAGUUCAUGUUUGGUAAAAAAUGUACCAUUUUAGUGAGUGAGGUCAACAAUGGAGGGCUAUGCAUGUGUGGGGGCAAGGGGUAUAUGGGAAAUCUCUGUACUUUCCUCUCGAUUUUAUUGUAAACGUAAAACUGCUCUAAAAAAUAACAGUCUUGGGCCGGCCCCGUGGCUUAGUGGUUAAGUGCACGCGCUCCGCUCCUGGCGGCCCGGUUCGGAUCCCGGGUGCACACCGAUGCACCGCUUCUCCGGCCAUGCUGAGGCCGUCCCACAUACAGCAACUAGAAGGAUGUGCAACUAUGACAUACAACUAUCUACUGGGGCUUUGGGGGAAAAAAAUAAAUAAAUAAAAUUAAAAAAAAAAUAACAGUCUUUAAAAAAAAACUAUCAGAAAUUUAAAUAGGAAGUAGAUAUUUGAUGAUAUGAAGGAAUUAUUGGUGAAUCCUUUAGACUGAUAACGGUAUUGUGAUUAUGUUUUUCUAAAGGUCUUCUUAGCGUGUACUGAAGUAUACACUACAUAUAACAAGUUCGCUAAAUACACUUAGUGUAUACAUAAGUACAGUGUAUAUGUACUGAGAUACUUCCAGAUAAAAUAACAUGAUAUCUGGAAUUUGCUCAAAAUAAUAUCGGCUUCCAGAUAAAAUACAUAAAUAUUACAUGCUUCUGGAUAAAAUAGUCUGAUGUUUGGGAUUUGCUUCAAAAUAAUAUAGAGAAGAGGGAGGGGACGGAGAUAGACAUAUAAAUGAAAUGAGAUUGGCCAUAAUUGAUAAUUAUUGAAACGGGUUGAUGCUGGUUCAUUGUAUUGUUCUUUCUUCUCUUGUAUAUUAUGAAACUUUCCAUAACAAAUGUUUUGAAAA